ACGAGUCUGGAGAUCGCUUCUACCAAUGCAGACCUCUUUGUCCCAGAGACAGAAAUGAUCGGUUCGCCUCGUUCAGCCAGCCAGCCAGCCAGCCAGCAGUUAUGUGACCCGUCCCCUUUAAGAUGAUGUCAGAAAUAAUAAUUUAAUAUUGAAUUUCUUUGUUUCAUGUCGGCGGACAUAUACUUCCGUCGAGCAACAAUGUUAGAAAUCAGGGACGGUAGAAGUCGAGCAUCAACCUGUCUGCCAAUACAACAAAACGGACUGCUUCCUAAAAUAUUCCCCAUAUUUCCCAGUCCAUCUAAGAAGUGACCACAGCCUCUCUGGUCCUCAGUCAUGACAUCACCUGAGUCCCCCUCCUCCCCUUCCCCCUGUCCGCCUCCCCCAUCCUCCCUCCCCUCCUCUCCCACUCCCUCAUCUCCCACUCCCUCCUCCUCCCUCCCACAUCCCCCCUCCCUGCCUCCCACAGGGGAGGUGAUGGUCCUGGCCCUGGGGAGGAAGAAGCAGAGGAUGCUCAUCGGUCUCUCCAUCCUGCCCAAUCUCUUCCUGGCCUUCCUUCUCUCCUCGGACGCCCUGCUUACCCUCACCUCACCCCACCACUGCCGCCUCCCGGGACCCUUGCCUGCCGCCCAGAUCCUUAACGCGUCCCUGCCCUGGGAGAAGGGGGACAGAGUGGGGGACAGCGGGGGGCUGUCUCAGUGUAAGCAGUAUAUCAACGGUACCCAUUCCGGGGUGGAAAACUGUGAAGCUGGCUGGGACUACAAUGUCACAGAAGGAUUGAGGAUUAACAUUGUUACUGAGUGGGAUUUGGUGUGUGGUCAGUACUGGCUGGUCCCAGUCGAAGAGGUGUCCUUCAUCCUGGGCGUUCUGACAGGAUGCCUGGGACUGGGCUUUGCAGCUGACAGACUGGGCAGGUUGAAGACACUACUCACCUCUCUGACCCUCUCAGUUGUAUUUGGCGUGCUUGUAUGCGUCUCUACCGCUCCCCCAUUCUUUAUUGCCAUGCGUUUUUGCCUGGCUGCUGCUAGCGCCGGUGUCUACCUCACGCUUUACAUCACACGUCUUGAACUCUGUGACCCCUCACUACGUCUGUUAGUCACCAUGGUGGCAGGACUAACUACAGUUGCUGGGGAGCUGCUGUUGCUGGGUUUUGCUCUGGGUUACCAGUCCUGGAGAGGCUUACUUGGAACUGGGGCUGCACCACUCUCUCUGUUCCUCACCUAUGGUAUUCCAGGAGUAUUUCCUGAGUCUCCUCGCUGGCUCCUCCUCUCUGAGAGAUCUGCUGAUCUGAAUUCCUUCAGUGAAAGAAGAGAUAGAGUGAGGGAUGACGAGAGCUUCACAGAGCUGGACUCCGAGCUAUCUCCCUCUACUCGCCCACAUCUGUCCUUCCCAGAGCUCGUACACAGCAGGAACAUCUGGAAAAACAUAUGUGUGCUCGGCUUCACCUCGUUCAUUUCCCAUGGCAUUAGUCACUGUUACAGCUCGUUCCGCGGUGAUGUCAGAGGCACUGCCCCCAGCUUCUAUUGGACCUAUCUACUCUCUGUCUGUGCGGGAGGAGGGGCCUGGCUGUUGUUAUGGGCAACCGUGAACAGGUGUGGUCGACGUGGUAUCCUGCUCCUCGCCAUGACGAUGACAGGGCUGGCAUCUCUGAUUCUUCUCGGACUGAUGGAGUAUCUAAGUGAGGCGGCCAUCACUGUGUUCUCAGUGAUGGGUCUCUUCUCCUCCCAGGCGGCUGCCUCUCUCUGUGUCCUCUUCACAGCAGAGAUCAUGCCCACCAUCAUCAGGGGCAUUGGCGUGGGCACGGUGUUGGCCCUGGGCUGUGUGGGUCGGCUCACCUCGCCGCUCAUGGACCUGCGCAACCACUACGGCUACUUCCUUCACCACGUGGUGUACUCCUCUCUGGCCCUGCUGGCCGUGCUCUCCAUCCUGCUGCUGCCCGAGAGCAAGAGGAAACCGCUGCCCCAGACGCUGGCCGACGGGGAGCAGUACCGGCGCCCCUCGCUGGGUCGGAGGAGGAGGGACAACGUGCCCCUGCUGGCCACCCCCAACCCAGAGACCUAGCAUGUCAUAACGCCAGCCCAGAGUGUCAGCAGGUUGCGGAGAGGAAGAUGGCGAGGGAGAAGAGGGUCAGCUGUCUGCUGAAGAAGUUGUGCUGAGCCAAUGAAGGAGGGUGGUUGAAGGGACCCACACCUCCCCUCACCUUUCCCAUAAGGCCUGUGUGUCAGGAAAGGGAGCAGAUGCGUUCUGCCCGUGCUCCCGUCUGCCACCAUCAGAGAGGCCCUUUUGAUAGGUGUAUUAUCUGGCAGAGUAUGGCAUCACACACAGCUCACAGAGGUAGAGGCAGGUAUGUUAUGGAAACGGUCCUGUAAAUACCUACAACGUAGUUUCUUCAACUUUAUGAAUGCUAGGUUAUCUAUUUAUAAAAAAAAGUUUUGUUUCUGGAAGUUUUUGGAAGGGUACUUUGUAUUGUCGAAAAGCAUCGUACUAAGACGAGAUGAGGGCAAUUUUGUCUACUGCUCUUAAAGACAUUGGGGGAAAUUAUAUUGAUUGAAGAUUCUUUAUGAGUAACGUUAUACUUGAGGGUAGUUUGGUGAAACUUUGAACUUGCAUUAAAUAAAUACUAAUAGGCUCCUUCCUCAAACCCAAGAGUCCGUACAAUCCGCUGAAUAACAAAAGAUGGAGAAAGUGACAUUUAAAUGUACUGUAGUUCCUCAGACUUGGUUGUGACAUUUAAAUGUACUGUAGUUCCUCAGACUUGGUUGGAUGUGAUAAAACGAUAUGAAUUCAAUUUCCAGAUGUGACUUGGAGCCAGUACUGUUUAUGGGACAUUCAUCUUGAUCGUCUAGGCUGUCAGACCUGUCUUACCCGGCUUCCCUGAAGACAUAGGGAGCGUGCCUGUGCAUUCAGAGCUGAAAACCUUUUGAUAGAUAGAAAUGUACGGUAGAAAAUGGACACACAUUUCUAUAUUGUAUCAGUUCUACGCUAAAUAUUAUUGUGGGGAAAUGCCGUGAACAGUUUGCAGCAUUGAAUUAUAGCUGCGUCCAGAAACCAGGCCCCCACCCCUUAGGCACUGAUCUGAAAGGAUUGGCUAGGUACAACAAUCCAUCCAGCUUAUCAUGCGGCAUGGUGAAGCUAUUAGGAUAUUGCUUAUACCUUUCAGAUCUCCACAAGCAUCUUGGCCCUAGGCUAGGGGGUGAGGUCUAAGGGCUGUUUCCAGACCUGGGCGAUGCAUUUCUCCUUUUAGAAUACAGGAACUCACUAUAAUAGAGUGAUGGUGAUGUGCAUAACAGGCACCUUGUCGCAAGGAUUUGGUCCUGUAUGUCUUAUUUGAAACAUUCAGGACCUAGCUGUUUGAUGUUUUUUUUGACUGGAUCUACUCCAGAACCUUCUCUGGGCAGAGGUGUGUGUGGA